AUGUUUCAACGGUUGACUAAAGAGUUUGUCGUUCGAAUACGGUUCAACUGGCGACCAUUUUUCCAGGGCCGAGCUCUGCUGCUCACAAACACCCUGAGCGGAGGAGUCAUGCUGGGGCUGGGAGACAUCAUGCAGCAGAGCUGGGAGAUCUACAAAAAGCCAGACAGAGUCCGAGACUGGAGGAGGACAGGUAAAAUGUUUACAUUUGGCUGCUCCAUGGGCCCAGUGCAACACUACUGGUACAUCUGGCUGGACAGAUUGUUUGUGGGUAAUGGUCUCAAAACGGCGGGUAAGAAGGUUCUGGUGGACGCACUGGUCGGCGCUCCAAUUACAGGGCUGUGUUUUUUCAUGGGCAUUAGUCUCAUGGAAGGACACACUUUAUCUGAAGGAUGGAAGGAGUUUAAAGAUAAGUUCUGGGAAUUUUACAUGGCAAAGUGCAGUGUUUGGCCUGCUGCUCAGAUGCUCAACUUCUACUUCCUCUCACCCAAAUUCCGUGUCGUGUUCAUCAACUCUGUUGCCUUAGGGUGGGACACGUACCUGUCCUACCUCAAACACAGAGAUGACAGUCACUCCACUGAGUUGAUAUCAGACAGCAGUGCAGUGAAUGUGCAGCAGGAAGCGCUCCCACCAUCCAAACCUCUGGAGGAAAAAACUUAG